UACAAUCGCCUUGCCGAUGAUGACAAGAACCACAACCUCAUUGAAGAAGUGGAAGUCGACAUCCACCUGAAAUCUGGUAUCAUCCCGCGCCGUGUUGUGUACAAACAAAGGAACUCCAAAUUGGUCGCUUGGGAAGCCGAGAUAUGCACGUCUAACCACAAGCACGGCUUGAUUGAGCCAGAAGACAUCUUUAGUACGGUACCCCGAACCCAAAAUCGGCAUAAGAUAACAUUUAUUGCCCUGAUUAUGCCGUCGCCCAUGAAAACUUUGAUGUUGGCUCCUACCCGAUGCCCUCCGAGGAAGAAUGCCUCGGCCACCUCCGCAAUGCGAACAUCAAAGAAAUGUGUCGACAUGACGGGUAGUUUCAACCAGCUGAAGUACACGGAAUGA